UCCAAAAUGGCGGCCGGCAUACGAGCGAGACAGAUAGAAUCUUUGAAGCGGAUGCUUAACUUAAAUCAGCCGAUAACGAAUUCAACUGCUGUCGAACCCGUCUGGAAGGUCCUUGUAUAUGACAGAUAUGGUCAGGACAUCAUAUCUCCUCUUUUAAAUGUAAAAGAGUUCCGUGAAAUGGGCAUAACAUUGCAUCUUCUUCUACAUUCUGACAGAGAUGCUAUCCCAGAAGUUCCUGCUAUUUAUUUUGUUUUCCCUAGUGAGGAAAAUGUGAAGAGAAUAUGCCAGGAUUGCAGAAACCAACUUUUUGAGUCUUAUUACUUGAAUUUCAUUUCUGCGAUAUCAAGACAUCGUUUAGAAGAUCUUGUCACGGCAGCUCUACAGUCAAAUAGUGUCACUCAAAUCACUAAGAUGUUUGAUCAGUACUUAAAUUUUAUUUCUUUGGAAGAUGAAAUGUUUACAGUGAGAAAUCAAGACAGAGAUUCAAUAUCAUACUAUGCACUUAACAGACCAGAUGCCAAAGAUACAGACAUUGAAAUGCUAAGAGAUGUUUUAGUGGACAGUCUCUUUAGUGUACUGGUGUCUUUAGGUAAUUUCUUUAUUUCUUCCGGGACUGUCCCAAUAAUAAGACGUACAAAGGGCAAUGCUGCUGAAAUGGUAGUAGAGGGACUGGAUGAAAAGUUGAGAGAAAACCUGAGAGAUUCUAGAAACAGUCUGUUUACAACAGAUAUUCCAUCUGGCCAGUUCAGUUUUCAGCGACCAGUGCUAGUAAUUUUGGAUCGUAACAGGGAUCUUUUUACUCCUUUACAUCACACCUGGACAUACCGAGCUCUUGUGUAUGAUGUCCUUGAUUUACAUCUGAACAGAGUUGUUGUCAAAGAGUCAGCAACGUCAAACACCCCAGAACCUUGAUGUGUAGAUCCUCUCCACAGACAUCCCAAACAAACAAAAGUUAAGUCGUAUGACCUCAGUGCCACAGAUAAGUUCUGUGGUUUGCACAAAGGAAGUCCUUUCCCAACAGUGGCAGAGUGAAUUCAGAAAGAACUUGAUGAAUACAGAGCUUCUGAAGAAGAAGUAAAGAGACUGAAAAAUAUCAUGGGAAUUGAAGAGGGAAAUGACGAGUUAAUGGAUGAAUUUAUGGCUGAUAGUACAGCUUAACAUACCUCUGCUGUUAGUUCACUUCCAGAAUUGCUUGAGAAGAAGAGAAUUAUAGACAUACACACAACUAUUGCCACA